UUCGGUAACUUUGCGCGCCAUGUGCGGAGGUAAUUUUGUGAAAUGGCGAGUAUUGGAGAAACGGUUGUUAAAUAUGUAGGGCACAAGGUAUCGAAAGCUCGAUGGAUUCCUCAAGAAAAGGGCCAGUUGAAUGCCUCCGACACAUUUGUUACAGGCGGCUGGGACGACCAGGUUAACAAAUUAUCCAUUUGGAAAAAUGAGGAGCCAAGUGGAGAAUCAGCUGCCUCCUUCGCUGUCGCAAAUGAACCAAAAUUGUUGUGUGACACUAAUUUUAUUGGAGAUGUAACGGACAUCGAGUGUAUUGAUUCAGAGAGAAUCAUGGUAUCAUCUUCAACAGGAAGUGUUCACCUGUUCCAAUAUAGUUCAAAACACCAGGCCAUCAGACCCGAGGUUGAAUGGAAUUCUCUUCACCAUGUUGGAAGUCGUGGCUGUUCAUGUACAUGUCUUGCUACAAAUUCUGGCUCCAUUGAUGUAGUAACCGCUGGUGAAGACGGAAGGAUCAAUGUAUUGAAACUUGAUCAGAGGCAUCCAGUGAGAUCGAUAGAUUCUGCAGACAGCACAACUAUAAACAGUAUUACUUGUAUAAUGUCACAUGAAGUGGCUGCUGUAACAUUUGGCGGUCAGCUCAAAGUUUGGGAUCUUCGACAACCUGGGAAUAAGCCUGGAAGAACAAUGUUACUUUCAGGGGACCGUGUCUCGCUGCUGUGUGUUGACAAACACCCGAUGCAGCCACACCUACUUGCUGCUGGAGGUCAAGAUGGUGUACUAAGUAUCUGGGAUAUGCGACAAGAACUUUAUCCUGUCACAUUACUGGAAGCACAUGCAGGAGAAGUAUGGGAAGUGAAAUUUCACCCGUUAAGCCCAGACAACUUAUUCACUUGUUCUGAAGACGGAUCCCUCUGGCACUGGGAUGGUACUUCUGUGGCUGUCCAGAGCACCACAGGCAUGCCAGGUUUUAAUUCAAGUCACCUCAGCAGUAUUGGCAAUGGUGCAGGUGCUGGCGGUGGAUAUGAGAGUACGAGUCCAUGGUUAUCGGUCGAUGCAACAAAACAUAAAAUGGAGACAUUCUCUCUUCUUCCAUAUAACAGACUGUCAAUUAACUCGCUAGAUAUUCAAUCAAUGCACUUGUUAAGUGGAAGUGACUGUGAAGCUAUUUUUAUUAUCAAAGAUCUGGUCAUUAAAUGAUUAUUUUUUUAUAAUCAAAGCUAUUAAAAAUGUAAUUAUCAUAAUGUUUAUACAUUGUAACUUUUACAAACUUAAUAAUAUUUAGACUGUACAGUUAACUUUGCAGAUCAAUUUACAGGAACAGACAUUUCCUGGCAUAAAUUAGCAGCCAUCCAACUUUUCACUCUCAAGAUCUCAUUUGAAAUUCUCCUUACUGUUUGCCAUGCAUUUGUUAUGUUAGUUUUAUCAACUAAUAAUCCCCUAAUUGAUAUUUUUCUGUAUUUCCAUCACUUGUCUGCUUGAUAUUGUAUCGAUAGUGUAAGGAGUAUGGUAUAGAUUCAAAUUGAACUCUUGAGAGAUGAUUGCUAUUUUUGAAGUCUCUUAGUUUUCUACUUAAAGCAUCAAAGAUAGCUUUACUCAACAGACACUUGGCCCAUUGUUAACCCUGGGGCAAGUGUGGAAUUGCCCAUAAGGAAGGUGACAGAGACAUUGGAAACAUCAAUCUAAUAGCUUGUGAGAGAGAAGCCCUCACACUAUUACAUAUGAAAAUUAGCAGCCAAUAGUUUAAUUGUUUUAACAGGUAGUAUAAACCUACUAGUCAUUCAAAACCAAGAGCAAAAAAAAUCCUAUUUUCUCUUGUUCAAAAUUUACUGGUAACCACAAGACAGGCCAACAUUUUUAUUGAAUAAAGAUACAAAUGGGUAUGUGCUGAAA